AUGACCAUUUCAUAUACAUUGGACGUCUCCCAGACGAAUUUGCAAAGCUUUUUCAGUUUACUUUUACGAUGGAGAGGAAGUGUUUGGAAGGCAGUUUUCGGUCAGUUAGCUGUAUGGACUGCUGUUUUUCUUAUGAUAAGUUGCAUCUACCGGUAUAUGUUAUCGCCAUCACAACAAGAUGUAUUUGAGCAAUUGGUACGGUAUUUCGACAACAAGUUAGAUGCAAAUAUUCCAUUGACUUUCCUUCUUGGAUUUUUCGUUUCUUUUGUUGUUGCCAGAUGGGGAUCGAUUUUGAAUGGAAUCGGAUGGAUUGAUGAUGCAUCUCUCCUCUUUGCCACAUAUAUUCGUGGAGCAGAUGAAGAGACACGUGUCAUCCGUCGGAAUCUUGUUCGUUAUCUGGUUCUCUCACAAGCUUUGGUUCUUCGUGAUAUCUCAAUGCAAGUUCGGAAACGAUUUCCAACAAUGGACACCCUGGCAGCAUCUGGAUUGAUGACUCACGAGGAAAUGGAUAUUCUUGAUCAUAUCAAAGAUCCUUAUAGCAGAUAUUGGACAUCUAUUCAAUGGAGUUUAAAUUUAGUUUAUGAAUGUCAGAAGAAGGGAAAAGUUGAAAGUUAUUAUUUGAUGAACAAGAUUGUCGAUGAAAUCGGAAAGUUUCGACAUGGUCUUGCUUCACUUCUGAAGUAUGAUUGGGUUCCUGUUCCCUUGGUUUAUCCACAGGUAAUUUUCCUCGCUGUGAGAAUAUAUUUCAUGAUUUGUCUAAUUGGAAGACAGUUCAUUGUAACUGGCUCUAAUCCAUCAGGAAUUGAUCUCUGGCUUCCUAUCACAACAAUGGUUCAAUUUCUUGUUUAUAUGGGAUGGAUGAAAGUAGCUGAAGCACUUCUCAAUCCAUUAGGAGAGGAUGACGAUGAUUUGGAAUGUAACUACAUUAUCGACAAGAAUCUUAUAACCGGUUUGUCGAUUGUGGACACCAUGUGGAAGCACGAUGAUACGGGUUAUUCGAUGGUUGAAGAACACAUGGCAAAGACUCCAUCACAGAAGAAAGAUGAAUUCUGGGGAAUCGAUAAAAUUGCUCCGUUGUAUUCAAUGGAAUCGGCUGAACGGUCUGUGCAUCCAUUGGUUGGAAGUGCCAGUAAAAUUAAUCUGGUGAAAAACAAAAAAGAAAUUGUGAUGACUCCACACAAGAACAAACUCAGUGAACUGGAUCCAUCUGAACAGAAAACGUAUCUCCGCCGUGUGAAUGUAUCUGAUCAUAAUGCAAAACACGCGAAGCAACGUGGAUUGGAGAGAGCGAAUUCUCCGGAUAAAUGUCUGAGCAAAAUGAGGUCAAGAUCAAAUGGCAAGUUCAGAACAUCAGCCAACGGAUCACAAAAUGGAGUUGAUUUAUGGACAAGAGCAGGUGAUAUCGAAAUGAAUGUUGCCGCAUCGAAUCCAAAUCAAGUUCAUCCUCACUCUAUUGCAGUUUUCCCGCCAGAUGAACAACAAACGACAUCCAGACAUUGA